UGGUGGUAAUGGAGCGAAAGAACCGAUUUAGUCUUCACAUUGUGAUUUUGUCUCUGGCGCUCAUCCUCGUCGAUUUAUCGACGACGGUUGAGUGCUUGAGAAGGUCUUCACGGAAGAGGAAUGUGAUGAGACGGGCCGAUUCAGAUUCGUUUAUCCCUCCUAUUGAAGCGAAAAGUGAACGCGAGACAGUGAACAGCACGGUGACCUGCGCUUUGUCUCUGGCGGAGCGACAUGUGGAAGUUUGUGAACUAGCCUGGAAGAUUGAUCAGCUUCAGGAAAUGUUGCCGCAUCUUCAGAGUCUGAUUGCGAAUAGAUUGGGCAAGAGAAAAUUCAGCUUUACAGUCUACAUCAACAAGCCUUCAUCAAUAGUUGAAUUGGUAGAUGUUGCUGGUCAAGCUGUUCUCAGAUCCAUUGGCAAGUUCGUUCAGUUCUUGGGUUAUGUUCAGAAAUUGUUCGACGCUACCGUUGGUGGCGGUCAGAUUCCCCACGAGCCAGGGACUCGAAAGAGUUUGUACGGAAACUCAGCGGAAGAUGCUGGUUUCUCCGACGAGAUUAGAGACAUCCACUCUGUCGAUGAGGGCGAAGUUCAACAUUUAAUCAAGAAAGCUUGGUCACGAAAGUGUGUACUCGAGUUACUGAAGACAAACAAGGAUCUGUGUGAUGUGGUCAGCAGAAUAGACGCCUUAGAGGCGCUCCUUCAGGGUCACCCUGAAAAUUCCGGCUCCAGGGACUCGCAGGUGUUGCCCAUAAAACUAUAUUCGGAAAAUUUAAAUCUCACGGACUUCCUUGAUGCCAUUCACGAUGGUCUUGUACUUGCUAUGACUCAUGUCCCCGAUAUUCCUACUACAAUUGAUCGAGAGGUGGUUGAUGCGACGUCUAUUCAGAGUGGACGAAAGCUAAUGAACGAGCAGGGUCAGGAAGUUAAAGAAGUUUUUGAGACUUCAGAUUAUAAAGUGGAGCUCAUGAAACCGGCACCAAAAUACAGGAGUGCGAGCAAGAAGAAGAACGUUCAUAAUGCGAAGCGGAGGUUUCAGCAGAAGGUGGUCUCGGAGAGUAAAGAAUCAUCUGAAGAGAGGAUCGAGCCCCUACCUUUAGCCAAUCAUAAGCCAUCUAGCCGGGGACUGUCAGAAUCCGACGAUGCAUGGAAAGGUGAUUCUGACGAUGGCGAGGAUUAUUGGAAUUCUGCGGACAGUUCUUCCGAGGAAGUCGUGAAACAAAAAGCCCUGAAAAGCGCUCGUCGACAAGUAAAGGGCCAGGAAAAUGGAUCGAGAAAAUUUAAAAAGUAUUUAACUGUUUAACAUUCAUAAAAAGUAUCAAAUAAUCAAUAAAAAAUUGUUUUGUUUUUCAA